AUGAGCGAAGGUAAGGGAAGAAUCAAGUUAAAAAUUCAUUUCGGAAAUGAGACGGAGAAUAAUGACCAAGCAGUGGCAAGCGAAAAUGGAAAUCCCGUCGAAUCGACUGACUUGAAAAGAAGGAGUGGUCAUGGUGAAGAUGGGUCAGAUGGGAGAGAAGACGAAGGAGAAGGCAAUGAGUCGCUGCAUGAAGGAGAAGGGGACAGUUGCAAGGGCCGAAAGAGGCACAGGAGAGAUCGCCUUGAGGAAAGAAUUACGUCCAUCAUUUCUAAGCUCACCAGAAUAGCUUGCAUUUGCGAGGACAAGAAUAAUCACGUAACCGACAACAGCAGUGUCACACAUAGUGGGGAGAAUAGCGACGAGGGUAGUCGUGAGCAGAGCCGGGAAAAUAGCCACACACACAGUAAUGAUAACAGGCGGGAAUACCUCCGAAAAUACAAUCGCGGGUACAGCGGCGACAACAGUGGAAAGUACAACAUGGAUAACAGUCACGAGGACAGCCGUGAGGAAAACAACGAAAAUAAAAACUCCCAAAUUUGCAAAAAACUUACUAAGGAAAUGUACAAAUAUGAGAAGAGCCUGAUGAGUCUCAAUAACUUUAUCAAUAAUAGAAAGAACAGACUGGAUGAAGUUACCUUCCCUAACGGACUAAUUAAAGCUGUAGAUAAUUACCAAAGUCCGGAAGUCUGGAUUUACAAUUACCUUCUUGUGGAGUGCAAGAAACAAAGCGAUAAAUAUCGUAACUUAAUACAGAAUAUUGCCGCGUUCGAUAGCACCCUUAAGAAUAAAAUUAUGAAUGAAGAGGCUGAUGGGAUCACGAUGCCUGUGUAUGCCUCCCUUGCUCCCAGUAAGAUGGGGGGUCUUCCAAAGGGUGGGAAGAACUACUACGAAAAUGUGCAUGUGCCGAAGGAGCUCGCGGAGGCGUACUUUGAAGAAUUGAAGAGGCGGAAGUUGCAAAAAGAGUGA